CGGAGACCAAAACGCUUUUUGCUUUUCUCUCUUCUCGUCGGGUGAAGUCCUCCGGAGGCAAAAGAAGAAGAGAGUAGCAAAGAACUAAGAAUGGAAAGCUUAGACACUAAUUUUCCUGUGCGCCAUAGAAAGAUCUCCUUUGAAUGUAAGGGAAACAAGACAGAGAUUGUUAUCUGCAGCUAUGAAGAUCAUAUCCUUGUCAUAGCAACACAGAUUGGAGCCUUGGGAACUAUAUUGCAUGCAAGGAAGGAAGAAGGGAUGUCUGUUGAACCAACAUUUAGUGUUUCAGUGAUAUUCGGAAAGCGAGAUGAGCCAAUGCUGACAGCGACUGCUCGAAGACUCAUUGAACACAUAAGUUCUGUUGUUCCCUCGAAGCCUCUGGUUCUUUCACUGGGCCUCAAAGAUCAUUCUUCGGAGACGUUGAAGGAAAUAGUUGCGACUGUGAUUGAGAAUCGCAUUUGGUAAUGCACUUUUGUAACAAUUUAGAAGAGGAUAGCGAAAAGAUGUUUUAUGUUUUACAUUGAUUUGGACAAGUUGUGUUAAUUAUUAAGAGACUUUUCAAACAAACCACAAUUACAUUUUCUUCA